AUGAUUACUAUAAUGAAUUCUGUGAGGGAGCCAAUGAAGAACAACAACAACCACUCAGAGAAAGGAUUGGAUUCUCAGUUCUGGCAUGCCUGUGCUGGUGGCAUGGUUCAAUUGCCACCUAUCAACUCUAAGGUCUUCUACUUCCCUCAGGGGCAUGCUGAGUAUGCCCAGGGGAAUGUGGAUUUUGGGAAUUCUCGAAUUCCAGCACUCAUUCUGUCUAGGAUAUCUGCUAUAAGGUACAUGGCAGAUCCUGAAACCGAUGAGGUUUAUGCGAAAAUGAGGCUGGUUCCAGUGAGAGAGAGAGGUUUUGAUUUUGAGGAUGAUGGGGUUGUUGGGAACAACAAUGGAGUGCAAGAGAAUCCUGAGAAACCCUCAUCUUUUGCUAAGACUUUGACUCAGUCUGAUGCUAACAAUGGGGGAGGGUUCUCUGUGCCUCGCUUCUGUGCUGAGACUAUCUUUCCGCGCUUGGAUUACUCGGCUGAUCCCCCAGUUCAGACCAUUCUUGCAAAGGAUGUGCAUGGUGAGAUUUGGAAGUUUAGGCAUAUCUAUAGAGGUACUCCUCGCCGUCACCUUUUGACCACAGGAUGGAGCAAUUUUGUGAACAACAAGAAGCUUGUUGCUGGGGAUGCUAUUGUGUUUUUCCGAGCAGAAAAUGGGGACCUCUGUGUUGGUAUUAGAAGGGCUAAAAGAGGGAUUGGUGGUGGACCUGAAUACCCUUGUGGCUGGAACACUCCUUCCGGAAAUUCUUGCUCUCAGUAUGAUGGUUAUUCUGGCUUUUCAAGGGAGAACGGAAAUAAGUUGAUGGAUAAAAAUUCUAGUGGGACUACGAGAGGAAGAGUCAAGGCCGAACAUGUUAUAGAAGCUGCAACUCUUGCUGUCAGUGGCCAGCCUUUUGAGGUUGUGUACUAUCCAAGGGCAAGCACACCUGAGUUUUGUGUUAAGGCCGCAUCGGUGAGAGCUGCAAUGCAAAUUCGCUGGUGCUCGGGAAUAAGGUUCAAAAUGCCUUUUGAAACUGAGGAUUCUUCUCGGAUAAGCUGGUUCAUGGGGACUGUAUCUUCUGUUCAUUAUGCAGAUCCCCGUUGGCCUGAUUCUCCAUGGCGCUAUUUACAGGUGGCAUGGGAUGAGCCAGAUCUGCUCCAAAAUGUAAGAAGUGUUAGUCCAUGGUUGGUUGAAUUGGUAUCGAGCAUACCAGCUAUUGAUCUCUCUCCCUUCUCACCUCCAAGAAAGAAGUUGCGGCUGCAACAGACGCCAGACUAUUCUCUUCUUGGCCAACUGCCAAUGCAAUCAGUAUACGGCAAUUUCCUAACUUCCAGCAACACUAUGUGUAAUUUAUCAGACAACAUUCCUGCAGGCAUACAGGGAGCCAGGCAAGCUCAUUUUGGACUAUCUUCGACGAAUUUUCUCAACAAUCUACCCCCUGGUCUAAUUCCAGUUGGCUUUCAGCAACUUGGUCAUGUUCCCCCUCCUGGAACCCCUGGAGGUAACUUCAUGCGCAUUGCUGAAACCAAUGAGGACAUUCCUUGCCGUGUUACUGAGGGUAUCCCUUACCACAAUUUAAGGGAUAAUGAUGAGAUAAAGACGCCUCACAUAUUUUUGUUCGGUCAGCUAAUUGUUGAGGGACAGCAGAUGUCGAAGAGCUCCUCUGGGGACGAUAGUUCAUCAUGUCCAGAGAAAACAGGAAAUUCGUCUGAUGGCUCUGGUUCUGCAUUACAUCGCAAUGAUUCAGUGGAAAAUUGCUCUGAUGGAGGAAGUGAUCACAACUUGGAGACUGGUCUUUGCAAAGUGUUUGUUAAAUCUGGGGAUGCAGGGACCCUUGAUCUUUCGGUCUUUAGAUCAUACCAAGAAUUGUACAGAAAGCUGGCCAACAUGUUUGGCAAAGAAAAUUCAGAUAUGCUGAGUAAUGUACUGUACCGGGAUGCAACAGGUGCUAUUAGACACACCGGCGAUGAACCCUUCAGUGAGUUUUUGAAGACAGCCAGAGGACUUUAUAUGGCAUGA